GACACACCCCCGGCAUCCACCAUCCCUUUCCAAUCCUCCUAUAGGAUAUCCUCCUACUUCCGAUCGUCCUAUAGGAUAUCCUCCCCUCCUAUUUCCGAUCCUCCCAUAGGACUUCCUCCCAUAGGACAUCCUCCCAUAGGAUAUCCUCCUAUAGGAUAACUUCACACAACACAGCUUCCCUUUGGAGUCAAGUUCUGAGGUAUAAUUUCCUAGCAGACAACCUCCUAAGAGAUAACCUCCUAAGGGAUAACGUCCUAGGGGACGGUUUUCAACCUUGCCCGUGGUGGGGGCCAUCACGUUUGUGAAUCAGAGGUUUGCGGAUAAGCUAGCUGCUAGCGCAGAUCUAUCAGUUACAUCCCUGCAAGGCUCUCUACGGUCGCAAGGUAGCUAAGCCACCAAAACCUCAAACCCAGGUCGCGCCUGUCCAAAUCCGCCUUCCAGGUAGCAAGCACCUUUCCUCGCCGUCUCCGUCGUGCGCCACGCCACCAUGGAUGAGUUACAGGCCCUCGAGUCCCUGGAGCAGCUGUCGCUUGUCUCCAAGAUUUCUUCAGAGCUGCAUAACCAUCUAGGCAUUCCCGACAACGACGCCCGCAAGACCCUCGCCGAGUUCGUCAUCGCGAAACGACUGGACUGCGAAAGCCUCGAUGACUUCAAGAAGAUGCUGCCCAGCAUGGGCGCAUCGUCCCUACCAGACAGUCUCAUUGAGAGCGUUGACCGUCUUGUUUGCACAAUGCACCCCAAGAUGAAGGGCAAGGCCCAACAGGAAGACAACAGGCCGCCGACCCGCACGAUUCAGGACAAGGAGCAGAUAUUCAAGGGCCUGAGCCUGCCGGACAAGGAACCAGUUGGCAGAGGAAUAGACGAGAUCGACGAUACCAUGGCUCUCCUCGAAGGUCUGGAGGAGAAGACGGCAGGCAGGAAGCGCGGCCGAAGCCCGGAACACGACGGAUCACGCAGGCAAAGGAAAGAUCGUUACCGAGAACGAGACAGCGACCCAUACGAGGAUGAUUACGGAAGGGAACGAAGGAAGCACAGGAGGCGAGGGCGCUACGACGACGACGACGCCGAGUACGAACAAAACGACGACCAGACUCGACGACCUCCACCGCAGGAGCUCGACGAUACCCCACAGCUUUACAAAGUCUACGAUGGGCAUGUCACAGGCGUCAAGGACUUUGGCGCUUUUGUUAAUAUCCAUGGGAUAAGAGGAAAGGCUGACGGUCUUGUACACGUAUCAGCACUUGUCGAAGGCCAGCGGGUCAAUCACCCCUCCGAUCUCGUUUCGAAGGGCCAGAACGUGAAGGUCAAGGUCACCAAACUCGAGGGAAACCGUAUUGGACUCUCCAUGAAGGAUGUGGACCAGGAAACCGGCGAUGACCUCGCGCCACAGGCAAGAAUACAGUCCGGGGCUAAUUCGAUGGCUCUGGGUAGCGCGGGUUCCAUGCCGAGCAGCCUCCCAUCCAGCGGCGCUGGCACACAGAAGCGGCACAAGAAGCGCAUGACGUCGCCUGAAAGAUGGGAAAUACGCCAGCUGAUCGCAUCGGGAGUGGUAAAGGCUUCCGAUUUUCCUGAGCUGAAUGAGGACUACAAUGCAACACUUACCGGCAAUGGUCAGAUGGAGCUUGAGGAAGAUGUGGACAUCGAAAUUCGGGACGAGGAGCCUCCCUUCCUGGUUGGACAGACGAAACAGAGUCUCGAGCUGACUCCAAUCCGAAUCGUCAAGGCACCGGACGGAUCACUCAACCGUGCGGCAAUGUCCGGCACGAAUCUUGGAAGAGAAAGGAAAGAAUUGCGCCAGCAAGAAGCGGCGGCGGCGGAGGAGCACUCAAAGGUGGACCUUGCAAGUCAGUGGCAUGAUCCAAUGGCAGAUCCAGACAAGCGGAAAUUUGCCAGCGAUAUGAGGCAGGCCAACGUGCGACAGAAAACGGAUGCAGCUCCGGAUUGGCGAAAAGCGAUUGCACCAAAGGAUGCAUCCAUGGGCAAGCGAUCAAAUUUGAGCAUCAAGCAGCAACGAGAAUCUCUACCCGUCUUCAGCUUCAGGAGCCAGCUCAUACAGGCGAUCAAGGACAAUCAAAUCAUGAUCGUGGUCGGGGAAACUGGUUCUGGGAAGACCACACAACUGCCUCAGUACCUGGCAGAGGCUGGAUUCAUCGAGCAUGGCAUGGUAGGUUGCACGCAACCUCGUCGAGUCGCGGCUAUGAGCGUGGCAAAGCGCGUAGCAGAAGAAGUCGGAUGUGAGGUUGGCGCCGAGGUCGGGUACGCCAUCCGGUUCGAAGACAAGACCAGCAAAGACACUGUUAUCAAGUACAUGACGGACGGCCAUCUUCAGCGAGAGAUCGUUAUGGACCCUGACCUACACAAAUACUCAGUCAUCAUGAUAGACGAGGCUCACGAAAGAACGAUUGCGACAGAUGUGCUCUUCGGCCUGCUUAAGAAGACAGUCAAACGGCGGCCCGAUCUCAAAAUCAUUGUCACCUCCGCCACACUGGAUGCGGACAAGUUCUCGUCGUAUUUUAACGAGGCACCGAUCUUCACCAUCCCUGGAAGAACGUUCCCUGUGGAAGUUCUCUACUCAAAAGAGCCAGAGAGCGAUUAUCUGGACGCCGCAUUGGUUACGGUCAUGGAGAUUCACCUUGGAGAACCGGCCGGAGACAUCCUCGUUUUCCUUACGGGCCAAGAAGAAAUCGACACAGCCUGCGAAGUCCUAUUCGAGCGGAUGAAAGCCCUUGGCCCCAAUGUGCCUGAACUCAUUAUUCUGCCUGUCUACUCGGCACUGCCAAGUGAGAUGCAAAGCAGGAUCUUCGAUCCCGCGCCCCCGGGAAGCAGGAAAGUUGUUCUGGCCACCAAUAUUGCUGAGACGUCCAUUACCAUUGACGGCAUCUAUUAUGUCGUUGACCCAGGCUUCGUCAAGCAGAACGCCUACGAUCCGAAGCUAGGAAUGGACUCCCUGGUCGUUGUGCCGAUUUCUCGCGCCAGUGCUCAACAGCGUGCAGGACGCGCAGGCAGGACUGGUCCAGGAAAAUGCUUCAGGCUCUACACUCAGCAAGCAUUCGAGACGGAGAUGCUCCCUACGACGGUACCUGAAAUCCAAAGGCAGAACCUCGCACAUACAAUCUUGAUGCUGAAAGCCUCAAACAUCAACAAUCUAGUGAACUUUGGUUUCAUGGAUCCGCCACCCAUGAAUACUAUGCUUACGGCUAUGGAAGAAUUGUACGCGUUAUCCGCCCUGGACGACGAAGGACUACUCACCCGACUCGGUCGAAAGAUGGCAGACUUUCCCGUCGAGCCCUCACUGGCCAAGGCCCUUGUAUACAGCGUUGACCUGGGUUGUUCCGACGAAAUGCUCACCAUUGUCUCCAUGCUCAACAUCCAAACCGUGUUCUACCGGCCCAAAGAGAAGCAAUCCCAAGCGGACCAGAAGAAAGCCAAAUUCCACGACCCGCACGGCGACCACCUGACGCUGCUCAACGUGUACAACUCUUGGAAGCACAGUGGGUUCUCCAACCCUUGGUGUUUCGAGAACUUCAUCCAGGCGCGGAGCGUGCGGCGUGCCAAGGACGUGCGGGACCAGCUCACCAAGAUGAUGCAGCGGUACCGGCACCCCAUCACGUCGUGCGGCCGCGACACGGAAAAGGUGCGGCGGGCGCUGUGCUCUGGCUUCUUCCGCAACUCGGCCCGCAAGGACCCGCAGGAGGGCUACAAGACGCUGAUCGAGGGCACCAACGUCUACCUGCACCCGAGCUCCGCGCUGUUCGGCAAGAACGCCGAGUGGGUCAUCUACCACUCGCUGGUGAUGACGACCAAGGAGUACAUGCACAUCACGACGGCCAUCGAGCCCAAGUGGCUGGUCGAGGCGGCCCCGACCUUCUUCAAGGUCGCCCCUACCGACCAGCUCAGCAAGAGGAAGAAGGCCGAGAGGAUCCAGCCGCUGUACAACAAGUACCAGGGAGAAGACGACUGGCGGCUAAGUGCUCAGAGGAGGGGUGGGCGGUCAGGCGGCGGUGGUGGCACAUGGGGUUAGGUUAGUAUAUGCGGUGAAGAGUUGCAUAUAAUAGAUAUACUCUAAAAAUUAACACAUAGUUUAUUUCACACUAUAAACCCUGCUAAUGAUAAGUCUAUUCUACUAGAA